GAUUUGAUGUUGCUCCGCUCGAGCGCUUAUGACAUCACAAUGAAUUCGAAGAGUUCAGUGACUGUUUUCAUGUAUAUAAAAGAGUGAAAGUUCUGAUGUGACUUUUGUAGGUAGUUUGGAGAGAAUUAGCGAGCAUUGUAUUUUUGUUAUCAUGGGUCAGCGAGUUUCUUGUGCGAAGAAAGCGACAGGUAGCGAGUGUGUGUACAAUUCACAUCCACGUGCACCACUGCAAACCACCGCCAACGCGCCAAAUCCUCAUCAGCUUGAGGAGAGGCGCGCUAGUAUUGCUGAGGUAGAUGGAGGAGGAAGGGAGGAGAGAGAGGAGAAGAGGGUGAGGAAGAAAAGGUUUUGGAGGAGGCUGUUCUGCUUCCAUUUCUCUCGCCCCAGAGCUGAAAAGGGUGAGAAAGCUUGGGGUGAAAAAGUGGAGCAGAGCGAGAAUCAGGAGCAAGAGGCUGAGGCGGGACCUUCUAGGAGCUCAACUGAUGAUCAUAUUUCUCUAGAGCACAUCACAUGUACUGUAGAGGACUGUGAUCAUCAGGAGCCUCCUAGAAGCAGCCCUGAUGCCCUCAAAUCUUCUGAGGAGCAGAAGAUGCAGGAGCUCCUUCAACCUCCUGUCCAAAACAGUCCAGUUAUUCUGUCUGAAGGUGAGAUUGAGUCCCCUCAAACAGAACAACAGGACGAUGACAUGAGCAUGAGCAUCGAGGAGAUCUGCUCAAAGUACAACAUUGGCAAUAAACUAGGGGAAGGAGGAUUUGGUGCCGUUUAUGCCGGAGUUCGGUUCACGGACAACCUUCCGGUUGCUCUGAAACUUGCCCGAAAACCAGAAGCCAUGGAAUAUAUUAACAUUCCUGAUCAUCCCAAACCCGUUCCCCUGGAAAUCGGACUGACAGUCCUUGCUAACAAGGGCCCCAGUACACCCCACAUCAUUAAAUUGCUGGAGUGGCAGGACCUCCCCAACCAUUAUAUCAUGGUCCUGCAGCGGCCCUCGCCCUGCGUCAAUCUCUUUGAAUUUUUGCAAAGCUGUGGGGGCAUCUUCAAUGAAGAGAUUGCACGCCAUGUGAUGCGGCAGGUGGUUGAAGCUGCAAACAGUUGCUGCAGUCAAGGUGUUUUCCACAGAGACAUAAAAGAGGAGAACAUAUUAGUGAAUACGGACACACUGGACGUGACGCUAAUUGAUUUCGGCUGCGGGGACUUGCUGUAUGAAACGGCUUACCACACCUUUAGUGGCACAUUGCAGUACUGCCCCCCCGAAUAUUUCAAGGCGGGCAAGUACUACGGGCGACAAGCAACCGUGUUUUCACUGGGGGUACUUUUGUACUCAAUGGUGUGUGGUUAUUUCCCAGACCAGAGCGACCAUGACAAGCUCAAGGACUGGCUGUGGUAUCUGCCGAGCUUGACAAAAGAAUGCAGCCAUUUGAUUAAUGCUUGUCUGCAUCCUGAGCCUGAGGAGAGGAUUCAUCUUGACAGGCUCCUUCUCCAUGACUGGUUUAAGAUCAUCCCAUAGGUCAUGGAGGCAAGAGCACCCAGGAAGUGCUCUUCUGUAGUCGGCUUAGCGUCUGGUGGACCGACACGAGUGGCCUCUCCAUCUCUCCAGUCCUUUGCGUCUUGCGAGACUGGCGAGCCCUGGUAGCGUCUGGCGCCAGGGCUCGUGGCAGCAGUAUUUGCGCCUUGCGGUAUUGCUGCCUAGGGAUGUGAAAAUAGCUAGUUUGUUUGCCACUUUUUUUUUCUUUGAUUAUUUUGCUCUGUUUCACGCACACCCCAGUGCCCAAGACCUCCGCACUGCAUUUCCAUCUUGCUCCUGCUCCAGUCCCAGUGCUCCCCAGAGUGUCCUGUCACGGUUCACCAGGUCCUAGAGCUCACAGACACCCCAGAUGGUCCCAGAGCUUCUUGUUUUGGCAACUCCGGUCGGUCAGUUGACAGGGUCCUAGAGGUCCCUGAAUGCUCCAGAGGUACCUGUUGCUGCUCCCUCCACAGAAAUCCACAGAUGUUCCACAGACCUCACGCUCACUGCUGUCACAGAGGCUUCAUGGACGACAGGGAGCUUGGGUUUCUGUCGUGACCCAGAGCUGCUCAGUUCCAGAGCAGUAGCAGAGCUGUUUGUCACUGAUGCCCCAGAGUUUCCUGUUCCUGUUCCUGCCCCAGAAUGACUAUAAGAACUCCAGAAGGAAACAUCACCACACAUUCAAAAAUAAACUAUGGCAUUAAAUGUUUUGUUUGUUUCAUAUUUCAGUGAAAUUCAGUGAAACACAAUGAUGCAAAAUAUUAUUAUAAUUAUUCAUUUGUUCUUAAUAUGUCAUUAAUAGUAUGACACAAAAGAAAAGACAAAAGUUUGAGUUGUUUUUUAUUUUUAUAUCAAAUUUUUUUACUACUCACUUUCAUUACUGGUGUUCAAUGAAAAUAUCAUUCUGGUACUGGUACACAUUGCAGACCAAUAUCAUAUCACUUAAAAUGUUUUACCGGAGGUCUGGAAUAACCCAAUAUAUGUAACGAUGGUUCUUGUUUUCACAGGAGAAGAAAGCUUUCAUGCCUGAGGAAUGAGACAGAGUCAGGUAAAGUACAACUUCCUAAUAAAUCACAUACAAUAUACAUAUAAAUUACACACACGAUGCAGCAAAAGCUGAACGCGCUACACAUUUGCUGUAAGAAAAACAUACAUUAGUUUAAAAAACGUUUCAAUACCAGAUUUUCAGAUUUGAUUUCAGAUAUGACAUUUAAUAUGAAGUAAAGCAUUAUCAUAUAUCAUUUGACAUUAGAGAGAGCUGCUCACUGUAAUUGUUUUUAUAAUGAACUUUAACUGCUAUAAAUGUUGAAUAUUAAAAAAGUUGAUACAUAUGGUUUACAGUUAAUAUAAGUGGAUUCUUUUUUAAUUCAACAAAACUAGUUUUAACCGAUAACAAGGUUGGCAUUACACACUUUUUAAAGCCUGGGAAAUGUUGCGCAUAUGUCCAAAUAUUGAACUAUAUUGACAUUGAUCAAAUUUAACAUUGAAUUCUAACUAAUGAAUCAAAGUUAGUAAAUACAUUUCAAAUAAAUGCAAAGACAUUUUUGGUGGACAACGUGGUGCAGUAAC